AUGCAAGCGACGACGUUCCCGACCGCGACCGCGACCACGUUCCCGCUCGCCCGCAGCCGGGGCCACCGCCGCUCGCCGGCCGCGGACCUGUUCAACUCGCGCGCAGGCGCAGGCGCAGCAGCAGCAGCCGGCCUCCCCACCUUUGGCGCAGGCGCAGCAGCACCCGCCGCCUUCCCCUUCCCCGUCCGCCCCGCCCGGCGCGUCUUCCACAUCCAGGACGAUGAGGACAGCUCCUCGGACGACGAUCGAGCGCAGGGGCCUUCCUCCUCGUCGGCCAUCCCCAGGCCUCCCUCGCUGGCCAUUCCCUUCCCCCGCACGGCGUCCCCCGCGCCCUCUCCGACCGCGACGCGACCCCCGCUCCCGCGCUCGCAGUCCGCGCCGACGGUGCGCCGCCCGCUGAAGCCGUCACUCAAGAGCGCCUCCUCCCCGCAUGUGCGCGCGCUCUCGGCACCCGCGACGCCCGGCGGCUCCCUCCGCGUGCGCUUCGACGAGGAGCUCGAGCGCGUGUGCACGUUCACGAAGUCGAGCGCGGUCGCGAGCUUGUUGUCUCCGUCCUCGGAGACGGCAGCCGCAACGCAGUUCGACUUCCCGAUCAUGCCAGCGCCGGCGCCAGCGAAGUACGAGAUCGACGUCGCCGCGUCGAGCCCGAUACCCAGCUGCAGCGCCUCCGCGGGCGACUACAUUCGGCUGGAGUCCUUAUCGGUAUCGAAUACGCCCGACGUCGCGAUCGCUGGCAGCGUCCUCGUGCGCAACGUCGCCUUCCAGAAGGACGUCGCCCUUCGGUUCACUAUGGACGGCUGGACGACCACCUCGGAGGUCGCUGCGCGGUACGCCAGCAGCGCGCCGGACGGCCGCGACCGCUUCAACUUCACGAUCCCGCUCGCCGGCUCACGCGACGAGCGCCUCAUGGAGUGCGUUGCACGGUACACGAGCCAGGGUGUCGGUGAAUGGUGGGACAACAACAAUGGUGCUAACUACAAGGUCUUGGUUCGGAGAGUACCCACUCCCCCGCCAACGGCCCCGGUCAAUAAGGCUGGACGAUUCGCCGCGCGCGCACCUGCGCCAGCACCCGUGGUCCCCGCGGUGCUCCCCCGCAGGCCCGUGCACAUCGACACCGCGCCGCGCAAGCUCAACGAAGUCGCGGCGUCGCGCAGGCAGAUCAACACUGCGCCUCGCGCGCAGAUCAUCACUGCCCCGCGCAGCGCAUGGUCAGACUCCGACUCCGACUCAUCCUCGGACGAGGAGGCGAUCCGCACGCCCGAGGACCUCGAGGAGCCCGCGGAGAUCAGCGCCAAGGGUGUGACAGAUUCGCCUCUGUCCGCGCCCGCGUACCGCGACCUGAUCAGCGAGUGGUGCUUCCUCACCACCUCGACGCCGCUCGUCGCGGACUACAUCGCCGCAUAA